GCCUUCCUUAUCGCUGCCUUGCUCAACUGUUGGAAGAAAGAAGACAAAAUGGCUUUCCCUCAAGAUAUUGAUGCACUCACAAAGGCUUUCUCAGGAUUUGGAGUGGACGAGAAUGCAAUAAUAUGGAUAUUGGGCAAAUGGUAUCCAGAGCAAAGGAGAUCCUUCAGGAAGGGAUGCUCCCAAUUCUUCUGGGAAGACGAACGUCUCUUCGAGAGGUGGGAUGAUAACCAUAUCGCCUUCCUCGAACGUGAAUUCUUGCGUUUUAAGAAUGCUAUGGUGUUGUGGAUAUUACAUCCUUGGGAAAGAGAUGCUCGUAUGGCAAAAGAAGCAUUGAAAAACAGGGAAUACGAUAUUCUCAUUGAGAUCGCCUGUACCCGAUCAUCUGAAGAGCUCCUCGGGACAAGGAGGGCCUACCACUCCCUAUUCGACCAUUCAAUUGAGGAAGACGUUGCAUACAGUGUCCAUGACAACAACCGCAAUCUCUUGGUUGCACUAGUAAGCUCCUACAGAUAUGAGGGUCCAAAAGUUAAUGAAGAAAUAGCCAAGAAAGAGGCCAAGACUCUCUGGGAAGCCUUCAAGAAUGUUAAUAAGAAUCCCAUUGAAGAUGGAGAGGUGGUGAGAAUAAUAACAACCAGGAGCAAGCUUCAUCUCAAAUCAGUUUUCAACCAUUACAAGGUGGUAUCUGGCAAAAACAUUGAAGAGGAUCUGGAAGAAGACUCAAGCUUAAAAGAUGCAAUUCAGUGCCUUUCCUCUCCUAAGGCAUAUUUCAGCAGGAUAUUGGAUAUAGCAAUGAUGGGUGGAGCAGAUGAGAAACAUAAAGAAGCUCUGACUCGAAUAAUUGUAACUCAAGCUGAUGCCUACAUGAAGGAGAUAGCAGAGGAGUACCUUCAGCAAUAUGGGGUUUCCCUCUCACAGAAAAUUGAAGAAACAACUAAGGGGAACUACAAGGAUUUCUUGCUUACCUUGGUUUCUCGAGGGGUCUAGUAAUCCUUUCACAAGAAGCAGUUGAACUUGUAUCCUGAUAUUUUUCUUUCUAGUUCAUAUCUAAGUUCCAUUAGAUUAAAUUGGUUCUCAUAUGUAGUUUUGUGUGAUUUUUUUUCUGUUUCAUGCAUCAUUACCAUGUUGUUGGCCAAAAAUGAAAAUUUCUCCUCUAUAGAGAUUUUCACCA